AAUGAUGAUGAUCUUUAGAUCUGAGACUGAGAGCUUCUGACUUCUUCAUUUCCCCUCAAAUUUAAAAACAAAAAACCACGAAUACCUUAUUUUGAAUUCUCAAAUUUCCUCAAAUCUCCUCCCUGUCAAGCAAAAAUCUGCUUCACAACCGGUCUCUCUUCUCGGAUGAUCUGAUCGCUCAAGAAAACUAGCUAGAAAUGGAGAAGUCCUGUACUCUUCUUAUUCACUUUGACAAAGGCACACCUGCAAUUGCUAAUGAGAUUAAAGAAGCACUUGAAGGAAACGAUGUUCCUGCAAAGAUUGAUGCCAUGAAGAAAGCAAUUAUGCUUUUGUUGAAUGGUGAAACUCUCCCCCAACUCUUUAUCACCAUUGUCAGAUAUGUUUUGCCUUCAGAGGACCACACGGUGCAAAAGCUUUUGCUUCUGUACUUGGAGAUAAUUGAGAAAACUGAUACAAAAGGGAGGGUAUUACCUGAAAUGAUAUUGAUAUGCCAAAAUUUGAGGAACAAUCUUCAACAUCCAAAUGAAUAUAUUCGUGGCGUGACCUUGAGGUUUCUUUGUCGCUUGAAUGAGACAGAGAUUAUUGAGCCACUGAUCCCUUCAGUUUUGCAAAACCUGGAGCAUCGGCACCCAUUUAUUAGGAGGAAUGCUAUAUUAGCUGUCAUGUCGAUAUACAAGCUUCCACAGGGUGAGCAGCUCUUGGUUGAUGCACCUGAAAUGAUCGAGAAGGUCCUUUCAACGGAGCAGGAUGCAUCUGCCAAGCGGAAUGCAUUCCUUAUGCUAUUUACUUGUGCACAAGAUCGAGCUGUUAAUUACCUCUUGACCCAUGUUGAUAGGGUUUCUGAAUGGGGUGAAUUGCUUCAGAUGGUUGUGUUAGAGCUGAUCCGAAAGGUUUGCAGAACAAAUCGUGCCGAGAAAGGGAAGUAUAUUAAGAUUAUUAUAUCUUUAUUAAAUGCCCCAUCAACUGCAGUUAUUUAUGAGUGUGCUGGCACUCUUGUUUCUCUGUCAUCUGCUCCCACUGCUAUUAGAGCUGCUGCCAACACUUACUGUCAGCUUCUUCUUUCUCAAAGUGACAACAAUGUGAAGCUUAUUGUACUAGAUCGGCUGAAUGAGCUCAAGUCUUCUCAUAGAGAUAUUAUGGUUGAUCUGAUCAUGGAUGUACUUCGGGCACUUUCAAGUCCAAAUCUUGACAUCCGGAGGAAGACGCUUGAUAUUGUUCUUGAGUUAAUAACUCCUCGAAACAUCAAUGAGGUUGUUCUCAUGUUGAAGAAGGAAGUUAUGAAGACUCAAAGUGGAGAGCUUGAAAAGAAUGGAGAAUACAGACAAAUGCUCAUUCAAGCUAUUCAUUCCUGUGCAAUUAAGUUCCCAGAAGUUGCAAGCACAGUUGUGCAUCUUCUUAUGGAUUUCUUGGGUGACAGUAAUGUUGCUUCAGCCAUUGAUGUUGUGGUUUUUGUUCGAGAAAUAAUUGAGACUAACCCUAAACUUAGGGUCUCCAUUAUAACAAGGCUAUUGGAUACAUUCUAUCAGAUCCGAGCUGCACGGGUUUGCUCCUGUGCCCUUUGGAUCAUUGGAGAGUAUUGCCUGUCUCUAUCCGAAGUUGAGAGUGGGAUGGCAACCAUAAAGCAGUGCCUCGGAGAGCUACCUUUCUACUCCGUUUCUGAGGAAGGGGAAGCUACUGAUGCUUCUAAGAAAACUCCACAGGCAAACUCGAUUACUGUCUCCUCAAGGAGACCAGCUGUUCUUGCUGACGGUACUUACGCAACCCAGAGUGCUGCCUCUGAAACUGCUUUCUCUGCUCCUACCGUUGUUCAGGGAUCAUUGGCUUCCGGGAAUCUCAGAUCUCUUCUCCUCACAGGCGACUUUUUCCUUGGGGCAGUUGUUGCGUGCACUUUGACUAAACUUGUUCUGAGGUUACAGGAGGUACAGCCAUCAAAAGUUGAAGUUAACAAAGCAACCACACAGGCAUUGCUGAUCUUUGUCUCUAUGCUGCAAUUAGGACAAUCACCUGUUCUUCCACACCCAAUUGAUAAUGAUUCUAAUGAUAGGAUUGUUCUGUGCAUAAGAUUGUUGUGUGAUACUGGUGAUGGCAUCAGGAAAAUAUGGUUGCAAUCUUGCCGCCAGAGUUUUGUAAAAAUGCUUUCGGAGAAACAGUUGCGAGAAACCGAGGAAUUGAAGGCAAAGGCUCAGGUUUCUCAUGCACAACCAGAUGACCUUAUUGAUUUCUACCAUUUGAAGAGUAGGAAGGGUAUGAGCCAGCUGGAGUUGGAGGAUGAGGUUCAAGAUGAUUUAAAACGUGCAACUGGAGAGUUUGUCAACGAUAAUGAUGACGCAAAUAAGCUCAACCGCAUUCUUCAACUUACUGGAUUUAGCGAUCCAGUAUAUGCUGAAGCCUAUGUCACUGUGCACCACUAUGAUAUUGUUCUUGAUAUAACAGUUAUCAAUAGGACCAAGGAAACCCUUCAGAAUUUGUGUUUGGAGUUGGCAACUAUGGGUGAUCUGAAACUCGUUGAGCGUCCACAAAACUAUACCCUAGCCCCUGAAUCUAGCAAGCAAAUAAAAGCCAACAUCAAGGUGUCAUCAACUGAGACCGGAGUCAUAUUUGGCAACAUUGUUUACGAGACUUCGAAUGUGCUUGAAAGAACUGUUGUUGUUCUUAAUGACAUUCAUAUUGAUAUCAUGGACUAUAUUUCUCCUGCCGUUUGUACCGAUGCUGCAUUCAGAACUAUGUGGGCAGAAUUUGAGUGGGAAAACAAGGUUGCUGUUAACACUGUAAUCCAAGAUGAGAAGGAAUUCCUUAAUCAUAUUAUCAAGUCAACCAAUAUGAAGUGUCUCACACCAGUAUCUGCGCUAGAUGAUGAGUGCGGAUUCCUGGCAGCUAACCUUUACGCGAAAAGUGUGUUUGGGGAGGAUGCCUUGGUAAAUUUGAGCGUUGAGAAACAAGCAGAUGGGAAACUUAGUGGGUACAUCAGGAUAAGGAGCAAGACCCAGGGUAUUGCUCUUAGUCUCGGGGAUAAGAUUACUCUAAAACAAAAGGGAGGCGGUUGAUCUGUGGGAUGUUGACAUCAUUUGUUUAACCAAUACUGGUAGUCAUUCUGGUUUUCGCUUUUGUCAGCUGCUGCCUGUCUCAAUCUCCUUUGAAAUGCAAAAAAUUAUUACUGAUCUAAAAAUGCAGGUACUUUUCCUGCAUUUUAAAGAUGGCCGCCUUCAUUUUUGUUGUGUUCUCUGUAUCUAGGGAUGGAACCGAUUUCAAGAGAGGACAUUGUUGUAUUUGGAGUUACAUAUUUCUACAGUAAAAAAGGGUCAUUGAACAUUUGUUAAAAAAAGAUACUUCUUUUUGGCGAUGUUAAAACAGGAUUAUCUUUUCGCGGAUUCUUUAAAUUGAUAGUAUUGAAUUCGGAGCUUUCUUUAGUA